AUGAAGUCGUUUGAUCUAUUUCGAAGUAUCGGAUUAGCCUCACGCCACCUUAGUGGCAGUCGGCGGAAGUUGCAAACGGUGCCGUAUGUGAUUGACAAUGAUGGGAGAGGUGAACGCAUGUAUGAUAUAUAUUCCCGUUUAUUGAAAGAUCGAAUUGUUUGUGUCAUGAGUCCGAUAAAUGAUUUGGUUGCGGCAUCUGUGAUUGCUCAGUUGCUUUUUUUACAGAGUGAGAGCGCUAAAAGUAUAAUUCACAUGUAUAUUAAUAGUCCAGGAGGCAGUGUCACAGCUGGUUUAGGGAUCUAUGAUACAAUGCAAUAUAUAACAGCACCUAUUGCAACAUGGUGCGUUGGUCAGGCAUCGAGUAUGGGCAGUUUACUUUUAUGUGCUGGCGAAAAGCAUAUGCGUUCAUCAUUGCCUAAUGCUCGAAUAAUGGUCCAUCAGCCAAUCGCUGGUUUCGAGGGUCAGGUAUCAGAUAUACUAAUUCGAGCGGAAGAAAUGAGCAAAUUGCGAAACCGGCUCAAUGAGAUUUAUGCGAAACAUACAGUUAAAACUGAAGUUAGUUUAGGUCAAGAUGUCAUUAAAAUUGCUGAGACUUUGGAACGCGACCGUUUUAUGAGCCCAGAAGAAGCCAAAGAAUUCGGUUUAAUUGAUAAAAUUGAAGGUUGCUCUCCUAUUAAACAAGCAAUUUAA